AUGGAAUUAGCUAGUAAGCGAAUUCAAAUGUCAGGAGAAAAUAUUGACUCCUAUCGAGCAGCCCUAGAGAAAAUUUGGCAAGAAUUCAAACAGACCUCACCAGCAGAUUUAAAUGCAGCCGUGCAAACAGCAAAAAUCCAUUAUAGAGCAAUCAGAGAAGAAAUGCAGCCUUCUUCGUCAGUGGAAAUUAACAAGGCUAUGGCUGGAGAAAUCAAACAGCUUAAAGAAAGACUGGAUAGUUUCGAAAGAAAGCCAAGAACACCAUUUCAGCCACAAUGA